CUUUAUAAAAAUAUAACAUAACAAUGACUACAUUCUUUUAUGAAGAUGGACAAGAAAACCUUCUCAAUGAACAUGGAGAAAAAGUUUACGAUCCAAUGGAAGAUGUUUUAACACAAAUUGACGAUCCCAAUAUAGUUCUUGAAACGAUAACCAAUCGAGAAACUUACUUGAGUGCUAAACGCCCCGAAAAAGCUACUGGUGAACCAUCAGUUACGAAGCCGUUGAAAUACCGUACUGCACUGAAUUGGUGGCAACAUUUAUGAAGAAACGGAAGGAGUGCCGUAUAAAAAUAGUGAAAAAAAACAGUGGUCCAAAAAGCUCAUUUACAACUGAGCAUAACGAGUACAUUACCAAGCUACUUGACAACGACCCUCAGAUAUUUGCGGACGAUAUAAUAAAUAGCUUGGCUGAAUAAUUCGAAGGCUUCACCAUUUCAAAAUCGCAAAUGAACAACCAUUUACGUAAUACUAUGCUUAUCACUAUAAAAAAGCCAUAUUUCGAACCUGAAGUUAAAAACUCAGUAGAGAAUCUCCAGACACGAUUCGAAUGGUUUAUGAAAUGGAAAGAUUCUGAUCUGGAUUUUACAAAAAAUUGUAUUUUUAUAGAUGAAGCCGGUUUCCACAUCAACAUGAGACUCAAUUGGGCCAGAUCGAAAAGUGGAAAAAAGGCCAUCGUAAAGCAACCACAAACCAGAGCACCAACACAUACAAUCAUUGGUGCCAUUCGCUCCUCUAGCAUUAUUCACGUUGCGAAGAAGCUUUUAAAGGAACUUAAGCAUAGUGAUAUUCUAAGCGUUGUUUGGAAAUACGCGGAUAUUUUCAGUGAAAAAACUGCUUAUGGUUUUGGCAAAUGGUGUAACUCAAGAAAAUUGUGUUUGACUGAAAGUGGAAUAAAGAGAAAAUUCAAUGAUCUACAACAGAAAGCUUCAGUACGCUCACUCUAUGUUUUAAAGGAUGAGUAUAUCGACAAUGUAAUAGAAGACAUUGUGAACCAUUUACCUCGCUAUCAAAAAUUUAUUCAGAGUUUAAAAGACGAAGGUUAUCAUGUGAUAGGCUAUGCGAGAAAGUCUCAUGCAAAAAAGAUGAUGACUCACGCGUUCUUAGCAAGGUUUUCGCCUCUGUUUACUGUUUAUGCAAAUGAAUCGUUAUUGGAAAGGGACUUAAACAAGCAAGAACAUAUAUUGUCACAGAUACAUGCAGAUGGUGAUAUGCAAGAUAUGCUGGUGUAUAUUUCUUCAUUGGAGAGAGUCUGCAUUGUGGCAAUUGAUUUUGUGGGACUAACGACAAAUUGUGAAGAUUUGAAAGUGUUCUUAAAGAACAAUCCAAAUAUCGACAAAUUAGCCAGCUGUGACGCCAGUCAUGUCUAUGAUACACAGGAACUUUUGAACGAUUCUGACAAGAUUAAAGUAUUUGACUGUAGAAAAAAGGCUCUACAGAGAUCUAAAUGA